AUGGCGGAGCAUACGGAGGAAGUGAAGGCGGCGGAGUCUCUGAUGGAUAAGAUAGCGGACAAGAUCCACGGCCACGAUUCGCCAGUGUCGCCGGCGUUGGAGUCGCUGCACGAGAAGGCCGUCAGCAGCGGCCAUUCGGCGUCGUUGAAGGCCAAGGCUUACAGGCUCUUUGGGAGGGAGAAGCCCGUGCACAACGUCUUCGGCGGUGGAAAAGCGGCUGAUGUUUUCCUGUGGAGGGACAAGAAGGGAUCGGCAAGUGUUCUUAUUGCGAUAACGAUCAUAUGGGUUUUCUUUGAAUUGCUUGGAUACCACCUGCUGACUCUGCUCUCCCACUGUUUGAUUCUUGGCCUUGCUAUGUUGUUCUUAUGGUCCAACGCUUCAACCUUCAUUAACAAGUCUCCACCACGCAUUCCACAAGUUAAAAUUCCAGAGAAGCCGGUUCUACAGAUUGCGUCUGCAAUUACAAUUGAGAUUAACCGGGCUUUUGUUAUCCUGCGAGAGAUUGCCUCAGGGAAGGAUCUGAAGCAGUUCCUCUCUGUGAUUGCUAGCUUGUGGGUUUUGUCUAUCCUGGGGAAGUGGUACAACUUCUUGACCUUGGUCUACAUAGUUGUUGUUUUGCUCUUCACGCUGCCUGUAUUCUAUGAGAAAUACGACGACCAGGUGGAUGCAUUGGCAGAGAAGGCAAUGAUCGAGAUCAAGAAGCAGUAUGCAGUGUUUGAUGCAAAGGUCCUAAGUAAAGUUCCUAAGGGGCAAAUGAAGGACAAGAAGACUUAG